UUCAAAGCAUAAAAUUAGGUAAAGAGAAGAUUUCAGCCGAACUGGAUAUUGUAAAUAGUCAAAUAAAAUUAUUUGGUAUUAAAAACGUAGUUUCCCGAAAAGAUGCCCUGUAAAUUGAGAAUGGAUGAAAAGUGAUUUUGUGGAAUAUUCGAUGAUCGUGAUUUCACUUAACGUUCAGAAAAUUGUUUUUCAUACCAAGAAAAAGUGAGAAUUUUUGCUAAAAAAGAAAAGUGAAAAAUACAAUUGACAGACAACCUUUAUCUAAUCUACAAAGUGAGCAGUGAGUACAAAAGAAAAAUAUAAAGGCGUUGCUGACAUUUGGACCAUCAUUGCAUUUGGAAUUAGAAAAAGGUCGCCACUUUUUCAAAUUGCCUAAAAGUUUGCUUUAAUUUUUUUUUUGUUCCGUUGAGAUUUUAUCCUUGAAUUGGUUUAUGAAAUAAAACUAAAAUGAGUGCGAGUGCAAAGGAGGUUGUUUUGAAAAUCGAGAAGAAUGAUGAUAGCAAUAUAAUGCCACCGCCAAAAAAUGAGGGCAUCAAAAUUUUAAAUGACAAACAAAUUAAACCGCCAGUUCCUGCGCCACCAGCAAAAUCGGUGGCCAUGUCACCACCCAAACAAAUUCGACUUUCCAUUGCACAGUCAAAAACACCACCGGCAGCUUUAAAACAAAAAAAGAUGGAUCACUAUCUGAUGAACUUGGUAAAGGGUGAAAAAGAUGCCGAGGGUGGUGAGGAUAAUGAAACAAUAGACUUUGUAUUGACUGAAAACGUUGAAGCUGGGACCACGGGUCAUUCGGGUGAAAUAUUAGAAGAACUUCAAUUAAGCGAUGAUGAGGAAAUGGAAACGGCCUCUAGGACCCAGGAAAUAGUUGAACAUGUUUGUGGAAAAUGUUUUAAGACAUUUCGACGUUUGAAGGGUUUAAAAAAACAUUUGGACUAUUGCCGUUUUGAUAGUGGCUAUGAGCAGCGAAAGGAGGAAAUGUUAAAGAAUCUAGAGAAAAUUGAAAAGGAUGCAGUUAUAAUGGAAAAUAAAGAUGUGUGCUUUUGCUGUGGCGAAAGUUACGAUACUUAUCAUUUGGGUCACAUAAGUUGUCCGGAUUGUCCGAAAUCGUUUAAAACACAAAUGAGCUAUGAACGUCACAUUUUCAUAACACACUCAGAAUUCAAUGACUAUCCCUGUAGCAUUUGCAAUGCUAAAUUACGUAGUGCCAAUCUAUUGAAAUUACACGAAGAACAGCAUAGCAAUCGUGGCAAGCCAUUUGCUUGUAAGACAUGUGGAAAAGAUUUCACUCGUUCCUACCACCUGAGUCGUCACAAGAAAUUCAGUUCCUGCACUGCCAAUGAAAGUGAUACAAUGCAUUGUAAAGUUUGUAAUCGUGCCUUCUAUCGUCUGGAUAAUCUGCGUUCACAUCUGAAGCAGCAUUUGGGUACCCAGGUUACCAAAAAAUCCGAAUACAUGUGUCCAACAUGUAAAAAAUGUUUUUACAGUUUAUCAACAUUAAACAUUCAUGCGCGAACCCAUACCGGAGAGAGGCCAUUUGAUUGUGAUUUAUGUGAAAAGAAAUUCCCAUCAUUGGUGGCAUUGAAAAAACAUCGACGUUAUCAUACCGGAGAAAAGCCCUAUACAUGUUCUGUGUGCAAACAAUCCUUUGCUGUGAAAGAGGUGUUAAAUAGGCAUAUGAAACGUCACACCGGCGAAAGGCCACAUGUCUGUACGGAAUGUGGUAAAAGUUUUAUACAAGGCACACAGUUGCGGACACAUUUGAAGACCCAUUUGAGGCCAUAUGAAUGUACUGAAUGUCCAGAGAAAUUCAAAACAGAAAAACAACUUGCAAAACAUGCAAAGGAACACGAUACUGAGGGAAGAAAACGUGGACGUUCUAAAAUGUUUAAAAAGUGUACCAUUUGCAAGAAAGGUUUCAAGACCGAGCUCGAUUACAAUAAGCACAUGGAAGAGGGCAUUCAUAUAACUCCUGUGCAAAAACGUAAACUGAAAAAUCGUACCGACUGUGCUGUUUGCAAGGAGAACUUUGAUUGCGUUCAAAGUUUACAAUUCCACAUAUUGAAGGUACAUCAGGAGGAUCCAGAGACAUUUGUUAAUGAAGAUCCAUUUGGAGAUCGUAGCGGAAUUAUUCACGAAGAACAUGAAGACGACGAAGAACAAUAUGAGGAACCCAUUUCAAUACCAGCACCGAAAAUUAUUAAAAUUGAAGAUGCCCAGGGGCCGCGUAUUGAAUUUGUGACAACCAAUAGUGAGGGUAAAAUACUGAAUAGCAGUAUUGAGGGUUUAUCGAAUCAACGGAUUGUACAAUCCCCUACCAAGACUGCUGGUGGUCAACCUAAUAAGGUGCAAAUAUUAGAAGAAUUCAUUUUCAAUGAUGGACCUUCAACAUCAAGUGGUGUUGCUGCUGAAACCAUAAUUUUGUCCAAUGAAGCAUUCACAGUUAUACCAUUGGAAUCAAAUGGUGGUGUUAUAGAACCCGUAACAACCAAUACCAUUGCAGCUAAAACCUAUAGGACACCAGAAGCUAAAAAAGAUCGCAAAUCAUUGGCGGAGAGUUUGGCAGCUGCUAUUGCCGAUGAUGAUAAUUUAACACAUUUCAGUACCGAUGAUGAAGAGUUAAACGAAGAGGAUUUGAAAUUGAAGGAUAAUGUUGGAAAACUGCUCGAUAUGUUGGUGGACAGUACAACACUUAAGAAAUUCGGUUGGCCAGAUGCAUCGGAAGAAACGGUUCUUUGCAAAGUCAUUGAAAACUGUGGCCAUGACUUGUCCAAAGAUCAAUUCAAUUACCAUGAACUGGAAUUUUCCAGCCGUAUGCGUGAAUAUGUUAAGCUACUGUUCACGGUGGUCAUACACAAUGAUUCGAUAAAGGAACUGCUAAAUAAUUAUCCAAUUGAUGAAGUUAUUGAAUAUGUUUUGGGUAAUGAAGAUGAUGACGAUGAAGAGGACGAAGAAACCACUGCUACGCCAACACCCAUCAAAGAAGAGAAAGAUGACAAGGCAAAAACUAUUAAACGUGAAAAGUAAAAAUAACUUAACUUUUAUACUCAAUUAUUUUUUACUAACCUAAAUGGAUUAUGGAAUGCUUGUUUUUAAUACCACUGAUGCCUUAAAGUACUUUUUAAGCGUAUAUAAAAUUACUUUUAUAUAUCUGUGAAGAAGGAACUUAAUUCAAAGAAUUAUAAUAAAGUUAUGUUUUAGUAUUAAUUUUUUAGAAAUAAGAACUUCUA